GUUUAUAGUACGUACUUCGUCGUUACAAAAAAAAUUUGUUAGAGACGUGCUUAUUUUAAUAAUAGUGUUUAAUAAUAAUUUAAAAUAUAUUUGUAUAAAUAAUGGCUGAUGAUUUUGAUGGGGAUGAAGUUGCGGAUGAAUUCGAUGAUGUAGAUGAUGAGGACAAUAUCGAAUUAGAGCCCCAGGAAGAUGAUGGUGAAAAUAUCGAAUUGUUGAAUGCUAAUGAAGCUACUGCUGGUGUUCAAAAGUCGAAAAGGAUAACAACAAGAUACAUGACAAAAUAUGAGAGGGCGAGAGUUUUAGGCACAAGAGCGCUACAAAUAGCAAUGUGUGCUCCUGUGAUGGUAGAAUUAGAAGGGGAAACUGAUCCGCUGCAAAUUGCAAUGAAGGAAUUGAAGCAGCGAAAAAUUCCCAUAAUCAUACGUCGCUAUCUACCUGAUAAUAGCUACGAAGAUUGGGGCAUUGAUGAACUUAUCAUAAUAGAUCAUUAACAUUAAUAUAAGUUGUGUAAAAUUUGUAUAUCUUACAUUACUAAUUAUAUAUUAUCGAUACAAUAAUUUAUCUUGUCAUCUCACAUCUUAUGUCAAUAUAAUGAAAUUUUUAUU